GCGUGAAGCCCAGUAUUGGAUUAGCGGUGGUAGUAGAGCGUUAGUGAAGAUUCGCGCCGUGAUGCAAACGCACGGGAAUUUAACUGCUAACUACCUCUGGCAGCCUGGUGAACUUGCUCGAAGGAUGUUGGGAGAACGACCAUCGCCUGUACCGCCUACGAGAGAACUCUGGCCGCCACCGCACCAACCUAUUAGCAUCAGCACUCUCCAUGUAGCUUACGAUCAAGAUGGACAAUAUACAAGACGCGCAGCAACUCUUCCGCCUAAAACCUACGUUUCGACUACUGUGCCUGUGGAGAGAGAAUAUGUGGAACGCGAGUACUAUAGACCGGAUCCUAAUUACCACCGACCGGACAGUGAGUACCACAGAUCGGAGCACGAGCUUUACAGAUCGGAGCGCGAGUACCACAGACCACGAGUAUGCACUAUUGGUACCAACACUGAUCCGCCUUUAACCAUCAUAUCCAGGCUAAGGCACUUGUUCAAGAAAGACGACGAUGUUCCCAUUGGUAUCCCACCACCGGGUCGACUAACGGCAAUACCCAGAGAAACCGCAAUAGACUCAAGGGAAGAAGAAAACCGAGCACAGAGAGCUCUAAGCAGGAUAAAAAAGGCAAUAUCGGGAGCGAAAUAUCGUAUCGCUCCUGGUACAGAGGCAGUAGACAGUCCUAAGAUAUCAUAUGAUAUAUCGAAACCAGGGGAUAGAAUGACGACUACGUUUGGUGCGCGGGAAUCGAGGCAAUGGUGUAAGCUACCGUCCAAAGAAUCCUGCUCGAGACGACUCCGCAGCAUAGGCAACUGCUGCACGUCCAAGUCCAGGCGACCACCACGGAGGGAGCCGCAUCCGGCAGGGUUGCAGAUAACCCAGGUGUGAACGAUGCGAAGAUAAACUAGAGGACUGUAAUGUAAUGUAAUACAUAUAAAAGGUUAAACAUUCGCUACGCUAUUUUAAUUGUAGUGUUCAGUGAAGCUUUACUUUAGUUCGGAGGAAUUAUUGUUAUCUAAUUUAAGUUACUAAGUUAUACAUGCCGUUAUAAUAAAGUGACGUUAAUAAUUAGAACGCUAAACAAUGUUCAUGUUUGUGUUGUAGAACCAUCGAAGUUUAAGUAGCAUUUUGGCUAAUAAAUGUG